UGCCGCGUGCGCCCGAGGACCGAGUCGGACAGCUUGGGCCGGCUCAGGAUGAGGACGCGCUGGGCGACCCCUCGCCGGGCGGCAGGGCUCCUCCUGCUGCUCCUGCGGUGCUUCGGGCUUGCCGAGGCCUCUGGCCACUCAGGUAAUGAUCCAUUCACUAUCGUCAAUGGAAACACAGGCAAGUGCAUCAAGCCACUGUCCGGCUGGAUAGUAGCCACAGACUGUGAUGCAACUGAGGCCAUGUUAUGGAAGUGGGUGUCCCAGCAUCGGCUCUUUCAUUUGCAAUCCCAGAAGUGCCUUGGCCUCGAUAUUACCAAACCCGUGGAUGUCUUGAGAUUGUUCAGCUGUGACUCCAGUGUCAUGCUGUGGUGGAAAUGUGAUCGCCACUCUGUGUAUGGUGCUGCCCAGUACAGGCUGGCUCUGAAGGGCGGGCAUGCCAUAGCAGCUACAAACGCAUCUGAUGUCUGGAAGAAAGGAGGCUCGGAGGAAAGCCUGUGUGACCAGCCCUACCACGAGAUAUAUACCAGAGAUGGGAACUCCUAUGGGAGACCUUGUGAGUUUCCAUUCUUAGUUGAUGGGACCUGGCAUCAUGAGUGCAUUCUUGAUGAAAAUCAUAGUGGGCCAUGGUGUGCCACCACCUUAAAUUAUGAAUAUGAUCAAAAGUGGGGCAUCUGCUUAAAACCAGAAAAUGGCUGUAAAGAUAAUUGGGAAAAGAAUGAGCAGAUUGGAAGUUGCUACCAAUUUAAUACUCAGGCAGCUCUUUCUUGGAAAGAAGCUUAUGUUUCAUGUCAGAAUCAAGGAGCUGACUUACUGAGCAUCAACAAUGCUGCUGAAUUAACUUACCUCAAAGAAAAAGAAGGCAUUGCUAGAAUAUUCUGGAUUGGUUUAAAUCAGCUGUACUCUGCUAGAGGCUGGGAAUGGUCAGACCACAAGCCAUUAAACUUUCUCAACUGGGACCCAGAUAGGCCCAGCGCAUCUACGAUAGGUGGGUCAAGCUGUGCGAGAAUGGACGCCGAGUCUGGCCUGUGGCAGAGUUUUUCCUGUGAAGCUCAGCUGCCCUACGUCUGCAGGAAACCAUUAAAUGAUACAGUGGAGUCAACAGAUGUUUGGACAUAUUCAGAUACCCGCUGUGAUGCAGGCUGGCUGCCAAAUAAUGGAUUUUGCUAUCUGCUGGUAAAUAAAAGUGAAUCCUGGGAUGAGGCACAUGUGAAAUGCAAAGCCUUCAGUAGUGACCUCAUCAGCAUUCAUUCUCUAGCAGACGUGGAGGUGGUUGUCACAAAACUCCAUAAUGGGGAUGCCAAGGAAGAAAUAUGGCUAGGCCUUAAGAACAUAAAUGUACCAACUUUAUUUCAGUGGUCAGAUGGUACUGAAGUUACUCUAACAUUCUGGGAUGAGAAUGAGCCAAAUGUUCCCUACAAUCAGACCCCCAACUGUGUGUCCUAUUUAGGAAAGCUAGGUCAAUGGAAAGUCCAAUCAUGUGAAGAAAAACUUAAAUAUGUAUGUAAGAAAAAGGGAGAAAAAAUGAAUGAUACAAGGUCUGAUAAGAUGUGUCCUCCAGAUGAGGGCUGGGAGAGACAUGGAGAAACUUGUUACAAGAUUUACAAGGAUGAGGUCCCUUUUGGAACAAACUGCAAUCUGACUAUCACUAGCAGAUUUGAGCAAGAAUACCUAAAUGGUAUGAUGAAAAAGUAUGAUAAAUCUCUAACAAGAUACUUCUGGACUGGCCUGAGAGAUGUAGAUUCACAUGGAGAGUAUAGUUGGUCAACUGUUGGUGGAAUAAAGCAGGCUGUAACCUUUUCCAACUGGAAAUUUCUUGAGCCAGCUUCUCCAGGCGGAUGCGUGGCUAUGUCUACCGGAAAAUCUCUUGGAAAGUGGGAGGUGAAGGACUGCAAAGGCUUCAGAGCACUUUCAAUUUGCAAGAAAAUAAGUGGACCACUUAAGCCUGAGGAAGCAGCGCCUAAGCCUAAUGACCCCUGUCCUGAAGGCUGGCAUAGUUUCCCCUCAGGUCUUUCUUGUUAUAAGGUAUUCCAUGUAGAAAGAAUUGUGAGAAAGAGGAACUGGGAAGAAGCUGAAAGAUUCUGCCACGCACUUGGAGCACACCUUGCUAGCUUCAGUCAUGUGGAUGAAAUAAAGGAAUUUCUUCACCUUUUAAUGGACCAGUUCAGUGGCCAGCGUUGGCUGUGGAUUGGUCUGAAUAAAAGGAGCCCAGACUUACAAGGAUCCUGGCAAUGGAGCGAUCAUACACCAGUGUCUACUAUUCUCAUGGCAGAUGAGUUCCAGCAGGAUUAUGACAUCAGAGACUGUGCUGCUGUCAAGGUCAUUCGUAGGCCCUGGCACAGAGGCUGGUAUUUCUAUGAUGACAGAGAAAUUAUUUAUUUCAGGCCUUUUGCUUGCGAUACAAAACUUGAAUGGGUGUGCCAGAUUCCAAAAGGCCGUACUCUAAAAACACCAGACUGGUACAAUCCAGAGCGUGCUGGAAUUCAUGGGCCUCCUGUUGUAAUUGAAGGAAGUGAAUAUUGGUUUGUUGCUGAUCCACACUUAAACUACCAAGAAGCCGUCCUGUACUGUGCUAGCAAUCACAGCUUUCUUGCUACUAUAACAUCUUUUGCAGGACUAAAAGCCAUCAGAAACAAAAUAGCAAAUAUAUCUGUUGAUGAACAGAAGUGGUGGGUGAGAGCUCAUAGGCCGCCAAUAGAUCAUGAUUUUAUACACCCACGGUAUCUGUGGCGCCACUUUCACUUCACAUUUGGAGAGGAAUGCUUGUACACGUCUGCCAAGACGUGGCUUAUGGACUUAGGUAAAUCAGCUGACUGUAGUGCCAAGUUGCCCUUCAUCUGUGAAAAAUAUAAUGUGUCAUCAUUAGAGAAAUAUAGCCCAGAUUCUGCAGCUAAAGUACAAUGUUCUGGAAAUUGGAUUCCUUUUCAGAAUAAGUGUUUCCUAAAGAUCAAAUCCAUGUCUCUCACAUUUUCUCAAGCGAGCGAGACCUGCCACUCCUAUGGUGGCACCCUUCCUUCAGUGUUGAGCCAGAGGGAACAAGAUUUUAUUACAUCCUUGCUUCCGGGUAUGGAAGCUACUUUAUGGAUUGGUUUGCGCUGGACUGCCUAUGAAACCAUAAGCAAAUGGACGGAUGACAAAGAGCUGACAUACAGUAACUUUCACCCAUUAUUGGUUGGUCGGAGGCUGAGAAUACCAGCAAAUAUGUUUGAGGAAGAGUCCUACUACCACUGUGCCCUAAUACUCAACCUCCAAAAAUCACCUUUUACUGGGACAUGGAAUUUUACUUCUUGCAGUGAACGCCACUCUGUAUCUCUCUGUCAGAAAUAUUCAGAAAUUAAAGGCAGAGAGACCUUGCAGAAUACUUCAGAAACUGUGAAGUACCUAAAUAACCUGUACAAAAUAAUCCCGAAGACUCUGACUUGGCACGCUGCUCAAAAGGAGUGUCUGAAAACUAACAUGCAGCUGGUGAGCAUCACGGACCCUUACCACCAGGCGUUCCUCACCGUGCAGGCCGUCCUCCGCAACUCCUCCUUGUGGAUCGGACUCUCCAGUCAGGACGAUGAACUCAACUUUGGUUGGUCAGAUGGGAAACGUCUACAUUUUAGUCGCUGGGCUGAAGAUAGUGAGCAGCUUGAAGACUGUGUGAUGUUAGACACUGAUGGAUUCUGGAAAACAGCCGAUUGCAAUGAUAAUCAACCAGGCGCUAUAUGCUACUAUCCAGGAAAUGAGACUGAAAAAGAGGUAAAACCAGUUGACAGUGUUAAAUGUCCAUCUCCUGUUCUAAAUACUCCAUGGAUACCAUUUCAGAACUGUUGCUACAAUUUCAUGAUAACAAAGAAUACACAUAUGGCAACAACACAGGAUGAAGUUCAUUCUAAAUGCCAGAAACUAAAUCCAAAAUCACGUAUUCUGAGUAUUCGAAGUGAAAAUGAGAAUAACUUUGUACUUGAGCAACUUCUAUACUUCAAUCAUAUGGCUUCAUGGGUCAUGUUAGGAAUAACUUAUGAAAAUAAUUCUCUUAUGUGGUUUGAUAAGACCAUGUUGUCAUAUACACACUGGAGAGAAGGAAGACCAACUAUAAAGAAUGGCAAGUUUUGGGUCGGUUUGAGUACUGAUGGCUUCUGGGAUAUUCAAACCUUUAAUGUUAUUGAAGAAACGUUUUAUUUUCACCAGCACAUCAUGCUUGCUUGUAAAAUUGAAAUGGUUGACUACAAAGAAGAAUAUAAUACUACACUGCCACAGUUUAUUCCAUAUGAAGAUGGUGUUUAUAAUGUUAUUCAAAAAAAGGUAACAUGGUAUGAAGCGUUAAACACUUGUUCUCAAAGUGGAGGUUAUUUGGCAAGCGUUCAUAACCAAAAUGGCCAGCUCUUUCUGGAAGAUAUUGCAAAACGUGAUGGAUUCCCCCUAUGGGUUGGGCUCUCAAGUCAUGACGGAAGUGAAUCAAGUUUUGAAUGGUCUGAUGGCAGUACAUUUGACUACAUUCCAUGGAAAGGCCAGAAAUCUCCUGGAAAUUGUGUUAUAUUGGAUCCAAAAGGAAUUUGGAAACAUGAAAAAUGCAGUUCUGUUAAGGAUGGUGCUGUUUGUUACAAACCUUCAAAAUCUAAAGAGCUGUCCCCCUAUAAAUACUCAUCACGAUGCCCAGCAGCAAAAGGCAAUGGGUCACGGUGGAUCCGGUAUGGGGAUCACUGCUACAUGUCUGACCAUGCAUUGCACAGUUUCUCAGAGGCCAAAGAGUUGUGUCCAAAACUUGAUCAUUCUGCAAAUAUCGUUUCCAUAAAAGAUGAAGGUGAGAAUAAAUUUGUGAGCAGACUGAUGAGGGAAAAUAAUAAUAUCACCAUGAGAGUUUGGCUUGGAUUAUCUCAACAUUCUGUCUACCAGUCUUGGAGUUGGUUAGAUGGAUCAGAAAUGAAAUUUGUCAAAUGGGAAAAUAAGAGUAAGAGUGGCAAUGGAAAAUGUAGCAUUUUGUUAGCUUCAAAUGAAACUUGGAGAAAAGUUGAAUGUACACAUGGGUUUGGAAGAGUUGUCUGCAAAGUUCCUCUGGACUGUCCUUCAUCUACCUGGGUUCAGUUCCAGGGCAGUUGUUACAUUUUUCUUCAAGAAGCCAUCAAAGUAGAAAGCAUAGAGGAUGUCAGAAAGCAGUGUACUGACCGUGGAGCAGACAUGGUAAGCAUACAUAAUGAAGAAGAAAAUGCUUUUAUACUGGAUUCUUUGAAAAAGCAAUGGAAAGACCCAGAUGAUAUCCUCCUAGGCAUGUUUUAUGACACAGAUGAUGCAAGUUUCAAGUGGUUUGAUAAUUCAAAUAUGACAUUUAUUAAGUGGACAGACCAAGAAGAUGAUGAGGAUCUAAUUGACACCUGUGCUUUUCUGCACACCAAGACAGGUCAAUGGACAAAAGGAAAUUGUGAAGUUUCUUCUGUGGAAGGAACACUAUGUAAAGCAUCUAUCCCAUAUGAAAAGAAAUAUUUAUCAGAUAACCACAUUUUAAUAUCAGCUUUGGUGGUUGCUAGCACAGUAAUUUUGACAGUUUUGGGAGCAAUCAUUUGGUUCCUGUACAAAAGAAAUUCUGAUUCUGGUUUCACUACAGUUUUUUCAACUGCACCCCAAUCACCUUAUAAUGAUGACUGCGUUUUGGUAGUUGCUGAAGAAAAUGAAUAUGCUGUUCAACUUGACUAAAUUUUUGGUAAUCUCAGACUAAAACUUCAAAUGCCUUGACAGAGAUCCCAGGGUAAUACUUGAAUAUAAAACUUGACAUUGAAAUUAUAGCUUUUAUGGUAGGUAUUCCUAAUUUCAGUGCUCACUGAUUGACAAAAAUUAAUCCUAAAGUUCAUCAUACAGAAAUAGGUUUUAGACAAGGAAUGAUUAUUAUGUGUAAUUUAGUGGUUUUAACCACCUCAGCAAAUUCAGAGCCUGUCUCUUGAAUGAAGGAAAGCUUAAAGCCCAAGAAGCAGAUAAAAAUAAAAACCCAGGCUACUUGUCUCACCUGCUCUUUCCCUUCCAUUUAAUUGAACCACUUUAGUUGAUGCCUCUAUUAGUAAACAUGGUAUGAAGAAUAAAGCCUGAUUUUUAAAAUAGAUCCUAUACAUUUAAAUAUCCUUAGUACUGGUUACAUUGGCUGAUAAUUCUUCUAGAAUUUGUAUCUUCCUUUAUGAUUUAGAAGAAAAUUUUACACCCCAUAUGCCACAUAAUUUUAGUUUCAUUACUUUUAGACACAUUUUGGACCACAACACUGAUCACAAAUGACUGAAGUUUUAAUAAAAGUUUCUAAAUUUUUUGAAACAAAAAAUUAUAGCCCUGUCCAGGAAAGCAUGGAUAAAGCUGGCAACGAGGUUAGCACUUACGUAAUAGUGCCCCUUUAGGGAUUUUUUUUCUCCUGACACCAUACCUUUUCCUAUAAGAUAUCUCACACUCCCCCAAGAUUUACAAAUUUUUUUCCUUCAAAUAAAUAACAUGAAUACUGUAAGUAAAGAGUGAAGAAAAAUGCUAAGUACAACUGCAGUGACGACAAUUCACAGGUUUCAUUACGUUGACUGUACAUUUUAAGACAAAGGUGAAAAUCAUUUUGGGAGUAAAAAAUGAAAAAGCUAAAACAAGUGAUUUUGUUCAGCAUCUAUAGGUCAAAAACAAUAUUAGAAAAGUUAAAGAAUGUACAGACUUAAUAUAAAAAUAGUCAUGCAUCAAUUAAUGAUGGGGAUACAUUCUGAGAAAUGCACUCGAGGCGAUUUUGUCAGCUCAACAUCAGAGUGUACUUACACAAACCUAGAGGGUACAGGCCACUACACCCUAGGCUAUAUAUACUAUAUAGCCUAUUGCUCCUAGGCUACAAACCUGUACAUGUUACUGGACCAAAUAUUGUAAGCAAUUUUAACAUAAGUAUUUGUGUAUCUAAACAGAAGAGGUACAGUAAAAAUAUGGUAUUAAUCUUA